AUGUCUUUGAAUGCAGGUGACCACCUGCAGCAUUUGCAAGAAACAUUCAACAUCCUGAGGGAGCAUAAUAUGAAACUUAACCCCGAGAAGUGUGCACUCGGGGUCAGUUCGGGUAAGUUCCUAGGAUUCCUAGUCUCACAAAGGGGAAUUGAGGUAAAUCCUGACAAAAUCAAGGCCAUAGAGGACAUCCCGGUUCAAUUGUCUAACGUAAAAGAAGUCCAGAGGCUCAUAGGGAGAUUGACAGCUUUGAGUAGGUUCAUUUUCCGAUCAUCAAAAAAAUGCCAUCGCUUCUUCGCACUACUCAAAAAUAAAAACAAUUGCGAAUGGACACCAGAGUGUGAGCAAGCCUUGAAGGAGUUGAAGAAAUAUUUGUCAAGCCCUCCGUUGCUCUCAAAACCAAAAGAAGGUGAAACAUUGCUAGUCUACCUCACGGUUUCAGAAGUUGCGAUAAGUGCAGGUUUAGUCCAAGAGGAUAAAGGUACGCAAUCUCCCAUUUAUUACAUUAGCAAAAUUUUAACGGGAGGAGAAACUUGCUACCCACAUCUGGAAAAGCUGGCCUUAGCUCCCGUAGUCGCCGCUCAGAAGCUGAGGCCCUACUUUCAAUGCCACCCGAUAGCUCUGUCCGGGACUAUUGCAUCUGGCAGCCAAGGAGGCAAUAAUGGUGUCAAAAUCGACAUUGGGAGUUUGGUCCUUAUUUAUGGACGAAGCUUCAAACGUAAAAGGGUCCGGGCUCGGAAUAGUCUUGAUCACGCCUUCGGGGGAACCUUAAGGCAAGCCAUCAGAACACUUCCUUUAACUAACAAUGAAGCAAAGUACGAAGCUUUGAUUGCAGGGCUCAAAUUGGCCCGAGGGCUUGAUUCCGAAGUCAUCAAAAUCGAAUGUGAUUCGCAAUUGGCGGUAAAUGAGGUCUACGGAAUUUUUUUCACCAAAGAGGAAAAUAAUGCGGAAGCAGAUGCAUUGGCAAAUUUGGGCUCAUCGACAGAAAUCCAGGGACCAGAAUCAGGGACGGUAGUACAACUGAUGAACUCAAUCUUGGACACAGUUGGUUACUAUGAGGUGAAUUCGACUAGUUUGGUCUGGGACUGGAGAAACGAAAUAAUCGAUUAUCUCGAGCAUGGAAAGUUGCCCAAAGUCCCCGAAGCAUCAAGAGCAUUACGCGCCAAAGCUGCACGUUGUAGCUUCAAGAAAGGCCAAUUGUACAGAAAAUCCUUUGAAGGACCAUUGGCCCGGUACUUAGGAGCAUCAGAGGCUAACUAUGUCAUGAAAGAAGUACAUGAAGGGAUAUGUGGCAACCACUCGGGUGCAGAUUCUUUGGUGCUGAAAUUAGUUCGGGCAGGAUAUUACUGGCCCCGUAUGGAACAAGAUGCCAAAGACUUCGUACGAAAAUGUGAUAAGUGCCAACACUACGUACCACUAGUACAACAACCGGUAGAACCCUUACAUUCAGUUCUGUCCCCGUGGCCGUUCAUGAAAUGGGGGAUGGACAUCGUCGGACCGCUACCACCGGCUCCUGGAAAAGUAAGGUUUGGAAUACCAAAAGAGAUUGCAUGCGACAAUGGGCUGCAGUUUAUCGGCGCAAAAGUUACAAAGUUCCUUGAAGAUAAAGAGGAUCACCUAUUCACCGUAUCAUCCGAGCGCAAAUUUUCAAGCGGAGUCACCAAACAAAGUGAUUAUUCAGAAUCUCAAGAAAAGGUUGGAAGCAUCAAAAGGCAACUGGCCCGAAGAAUUACCUGGCAUUCUAUGGGCCUACCGAACAACGGAAAAAUCAAGCACUGGAGAAACCCCUUUUUCCCUUAUGUACGACGCAGAAGCUUUGAUACCGGUGGAAGUAGGGGAACCAACCUUAAGGUAUUUUAG